AGCUGAAAAGGGGACGGUUCUUCUAAGAAACCACGAGUUUUGGGUUAUACAAUGCUUUCUGAUCAACAAAAAGCGAAGGCGUUUUCUGUAAUGGCACAAAAAGCAAAUUAUGGAAAAAUGUAUCUGAAUGAAAAGAUACCGCCGGUAGUCAAGUAAAGAGAAAAGCACCGAGCCGUGAAAUUGAUUACAUUUGUUGGCUGGAUCUACGUGACCGUGAAAAUCCGCUACACAAUGUAUCGUCUUAGCGCUUGACAGGCGCAGGGUGUACUGACAUUUUGUAAUUUAAUGCCGAACGUAGGAUCAGACACGUAUUUGACAGUAAUUAGACCAUGGCUUCAAAAGCAUUACCAAUUCUGUUCUAUAAUCUUGGCGGGGAAAUGCUCUAUGUUCUUGACCAGCGGUUAAAAGCUCAAAACAUCGCAGAAGAUCGGUCUACGCAAGUUAUAGAAGAAAUUGUUUCGACUAUGUUUAACCCCCAACUCUUUAAAGAAAUGAUGAAACCUCAAGAUUUAUACAGUAAACAAGCAAUGAGAAACAUGUUUAGUAAAUUAGUGCAUUCAUCAAUCAUGAGAGUAAAUUCUGAGAGCAUGGAAAAACUAUAUGACUUGAUGGUUAUGGCUGUUAAAUACCAAGUCACUCAAGUUCCAGACCCAUAUAGUCUAUUACAUGUGACACUAAAUCAUCUGGAUUCUGUGUUAAAGUUUAUAGAAGGAAAUUCAGCUAUUUUGAGCAAAGUACAUUAUGUUUAUAAUGGCUUGGUAAAAGCAUAUGGGUCUCUUUCUACGUUUGAGUAUAUACAGAUUCGCCAAUGCUUGUUGGCAUUUUUACAAGAUAUUAACAACAAAGUUUCAAUAUAUCUUACUGGUAAAGUACAAAACGAAGAUGGUCGAUUUGUGAUCAAAAAAUCUGGAGAAGUCUCUAAAGGCAGUGAUGUUCCAGGCACUAUUCAACUUUUCAGAGGAAAAAAAAGAGAAGUGGUCAAUUUCAACUCGGAAACAAAAUUUACGCCGAACGUCCCGAUUUUUGGGCUUUCUAAUGAUAUAGGUGGUAAAAGAUCCACUUUGCUUGGCACCAAUGUGUAUCUAAACUGCGGAAAUGCUGAUUAUAUGAUUGCUACUGACAGUAGUGCCUCCAGCUCAAUGAAAGAAAGCCAUAAAAGAGCCAAAGCUGAACUAGGACUACUAGCUCAACUACUAGGCUCUGAUAAGCCCACAACUUCUAACGACUUCAAGUUGCAGCUUUUUACGAAUGCCGAAACUGUUCCAGUUACCCCAAAAUCAAGUAAUUCUACCCCAACGCAUAAUGUUAUUGCCAUUAAAGCGGAAAGAACAGGCAGAGAGGAGUUGUCACAAAUAGUUGACGAGAUGACAAUUACUUCGGCGUCAAGUAAAACUAGCGCAGGAGAAGACCUGUUGUCGCUUAUGGAUUCGUUUUAAAUUGUUGCAAUUUGAGUAGAUUUUGACCAUGUGUAUCCAGGAGUUUACAAAUGGAUGUAUUUUUAACUGUAUUUUACAACUUUUUUUUAAGGGUGAAAACCAGAUGCGAGGCCUAUUUAGCAUGGUUAUUACUUAUUGUAUGCUUUAAUACCCCCUGCCCCCCUAAAUACACACCUGAUUAGGACCAUAUAUAUUCUACAGAAUAAAAAGACUGUAUGUCUCAUAUUCGGAUUACUGGCUAAUAUUGUUAGUAUUAAUUAUUUUACUGUUGUUUUAGUUAUAGUUCAUUAUUUUUAUUUUUCUGUUAAAUUUUAUCUGCUACCACUGUUUGUUUUUAUCAUUUUUUUAUUCUGCAAUGGUACUUUCAUAAUUAAUAGGUACUGCCCGAAAAUCUAUUUUAAUUCAUUUUAUACAAAUGGGUUUAACGUUUAAAAAAGUUUUAAAAAUAUAUUAUUUUAUUAC